UCUCCAGUGAUUUUCAUCGGGAAAAAGUUACCGGAGCCGUCAAGUUUUUAAACGUUUUUUCCUGGAUUUUUCAAUUAUUUUUUCUCCGUUUUUCUUAUUCCCGAGGGUUGACUUCUGAGUGAUUUUCUUGCUUUUGCCGAGAAGAACAUUAAAAGGAGCAGAUAAUGGCCAAAGCAAGGCCCCAAGGAGAAAUGAAACCCGCAGUGUGGUAUCUGUCUGGAUUUGUGGUAGUCAUUUUUUACCUUUACUUGACGGCUGUGCAAUACGUUCGCGGUAUCCAAGUAGACUUUAGCUACCACAACUAUGAACAGAUGACAAAACUUUUACAAGACAUUAGUAGAGAACACCCUGAUUUUGCUUUGUUAUACUCUAUUGGAAAAACUGUUCAAGGGAGGGAAUUAUGGGUAAUGGUCGUAUCCCGCUACCCCAAUGAGGAGCCAUUACUUAAGCCUAAUGUGAAAUACGUUGCUAAUAUGCACGGUAAUGAAGCAAUAGGAAGAGAACUAAUGCUUCAUUUGAUAACGUACCUCAUUAACAACUAUUACACGGACAACUACGUCCGCUGGCUAUUAGAAGAUACCAGAAUUCACAUCAUGCCGUCUAUGAACCCAGACGGUUUUGAGAGUGCGAUUGAAGGACAAUGUUCAGGAGGUCAGGGGAGAUAUAAUGCUCGAGGUUUCGAUUUGAAUAGGAACUUUCCCGACUACUUCAAAACAAACAACAAACAGCUGCAACCAGAGACGAAAGCGGUAAUAGACUGGCUGGAGUCGACGCAGUUCGUCCUUUCGGGAAAUAUUCACGGGGGAGCUCUUGUUGCAAGUUAUCCUUAUGAUAACGAAGCCAGUAACAUGUUCUCGACGUUCAGUUCACCUUCCUUGACUCCUGACGAUGACGUAUUUCGGCAUUUAGCUUCAGUCUAUUCCUUCAAUCACGAAAACAUGCAUCUCGGGAUUCCUUGCAGGGAUGGUACUCCAGGCUUCCCCAACGGUACCACGAAUGGCGCGGCCUGGUAUCCUUUGACAGGUGGUAUGCAAGAUUACAAUUACAUCAAGGGUGGAACAAUGGAGGUAACGUUCGAAAUUUCGUGCUGUAAGUUCCCGCUAAGAACCGACCUUCCUCGAUAUUGGCAGGAAAAUAGAAAAGGACUUUUGCAUUACCUUGGAGAAGUGCAUAAAGGGGUGAAAGGAAUAGUGAGGGAUUCGAGUAAUAACCCCAUACCGAAGGCUGCUCUUCAAAUUCGUGGACGAGACAUAACCUUCUUUUCUACUAAAAAAGGAGAAUUUUGGAGGAUUCUGCUCCCAGGCUCUUAUAUGGUCGAAGUCAGAGCAGACGGCUACAAAACAGCAGAAGUUGAAUUCAUAGUGACUUCACAGGUCGUCACGAUCCAGAACAUCACCAUGCAUCCAACGAGAGUGGUAAGUGACCAGUCGCAGGUUUCUUCCGAAGGCCCGUGGGAGAAACUGUUCGAUAACGUUCAAGACAAUGUCGUCACCAUGGGUGCGGCGGCAAACGGAGACAGUAGCACUGCCAUGAACCAGCUGUCUGGCAACGAGAAAUCGGACGAUUCAAACGACAAAUCGCAGAUACUGUCCGAAGAUGACACGGAAUACUAUUCUGGAAUCGGCAUUGUCAAAGAAGAUGACAAAGUUAGGCUUAACCUGACUGAUCUCGACCUUGUGCCUGCAGCUGAUGCAGUAUCAGCUGCUGUUUGCUACGGAGGUUAUUGUUUGUUUCACUCGGCUUUGAUCAGUCUCUGCUGUAUUACGAAUGCCAUCAUUCGACUAAACCAACUUUAAUAGAAAACGUCGCAAAUAUUAUCAUAAUUGUUUAAAAUUUGAGACGUUGAAGGAGAUAUUUUAAGCAGACAACGCUCCUAUAAUAAGUGAUAUUGAGCUAAGUCAUGGACUAUGUGAAAAAGUUAUACUGAUCUAAGUUUUAUUUUUUAUCCUUUUCAAUUUUUAUUGGUUUAGAGCUUUUAAUUUAUUCAUCAACUUCAUUUACGCGUAGUUAAACGUUUAGAAUGUUUUCUCAGUUGCAUCUCAUUAGAUUUUCAUUUAAUUCCGAAAGUAUUGUUUUCAUAGAAUUCUGAGUAAACAGUUGAUAUUUAUCUGCUUGUACAGUACUAAGGGUACUGUAUAUAUUGUACAUACCGAUUUGAUCUUCCAUAAACGAUAGCUGCCAUGAAGGUUCCGGAAGAAUGAUUAAGAAAAAAAAAACUAUUUUUUAAAGUAUAGCGUGUUCCUAAAGCAUUUUAGUCGCUAAUUAUUGAAGGAAAUAAAACUUCGAAAAUGUAUGCAUAUUUUACUUUUAAUAUGUUUCAGUAUUAAUUUUAAUUUAUUUUAAAUGUUUUUUUAAGUCGUUUUUGUUUGUAUUGUGAGAUAGCUGAAGUAAAUUGAAAUGUAAGCUUUUUAAAAUCAUUGUAAAAUUGUUCUUUCGAAAACUGGACAUCCCGUUUUAAUUAUCCACUUUUUUUCUAGUAUUGAUUACUAGAUUGUUAUAUUAAUUAAAUGUUACCCUUUUUUAAUGUGUAGAUAUAUAAAGAGUUUUCACCAGCUUACAAUAUAUUAAUUAGAAUAGCAGUUUUAACUGGUAAAUAUCAUUUCGUCCUGUUUCUCCAUUCCCCCAUUCUCAAGAUUUUUUUAAAAAAUAACAAUAUAAUGUAACAAAUACGAUAUAUUUACCUAUACUGAUAUAUUUACAUAUAUCGAUAAAAAAAACCUUGAGACAUGAACUUCAAAAAUUGAAAAAAAAAUUAAAAGUUCCAAGCUCUACGUGUCUUAUUAAUCAAUAAACCAAUAAUUACCAAUAAAAUCAAUAAUUAGCGAUAUGUGCAAAUAUAUCGGUAAUAAUAUUACCGAUGUAUUUACAUAUAUCGAAAAAAAAACUUGAGACAUGGACUUCAAAAAUUGAAAAAAAUUAAACACUCAAAGUUCUUAGUUUCUUAUUAAUCAAUAAUAAACGUUCGAUUAAAAACUUCAGCAGUUGUUUUAGAAAUAAGAAGCAAUGUACUUAUACAUGUCUUCAAACUAUCCCCUCAUAAACACAUUUCGAUUUUACCGCAAAGAAAAAGCUUUACUGGUGUAAAAUAUCUAAAUUGUUAACCCUUUUUUUAGUGCUAAUAAGUUAAAACUAAGGUAAUGCAGUAUACAGGCUAAUUCUGAAUGAUAAAUAAGCUUUUUUCUAGUAAUGCUGCUCAAUAUUUUCAUAAGGGUGAUAUUAAGGCUUUUAAACGUAAUAAAUGUGUAAGACUUGGUUGGCUUGCUGCAAAAUGAAAAUUAAAUUCUUAUUCAAAGGAUUUGAAAUUUUGGUUUAUGUAU